UGUUGUGGUUGACUUCCUUACAUUUGUUUGCUUUUCUGAAAGUGUUAUCUUAAGAGUAUCCAGUGCUGGAGAUAAAUUGAGAUUUUUACUUUUUUAUUUCAGAAGCUUAAACUUUUACAAUUUCAAGGAUACAUGUUUAGAGACAAACAGGGAGAUUCAUGCUUUAAAAGGUAGUCCUUGAAAGAUCUUGCUUGUUAUUUAUUGGAGAAAUUUUCAGUUACUCUAGAGCUAUGAGAUUUGUGUGUCCACUUCAGUGUAGAGCAUUGUAUUCUUCUAGAUAUUAAUGUGUCCGGAGAGGCCCCAAAUCACUGGAUACUUUUACAUCUGUAUUUUUAAUAGUUUUAUAAUGAACUUCUACAGCUGAGUGGGUAAUGGUAUGCUUGGGCCUUCAUUUAUGUCAAAUGGUCUAAUGUGUUAUACUGUUUUUAUUUCACUGUAUAGAAUGAAUUAUAAAAUGCAUAAAAACCAAAUGCAUAUGUACUAUAUUUUAGAGCUUGUAUGUAGACUACAGAAAUCCAAACUUAAAUCUCUUUAACAUAAAGCAAAAUGUUCUGCACUUAGUUUCUUGUAAACAACAGUUUACUUUUAAACUAAAUGAAAUGUUCAGUUGUUACUGUUAGUUAAAGGAAGUACUGAGUGUAAACAAAUACUGGUGUUAAAUGAUGAAUUUUUACAGGGGAAAAGAAAAAUUAAUCUGUACAAUUUAUUGUUCUUGCACAGAUACUUGGGACUGCAUAGCAACUUGCUUUUUCAUUGAUACAGCACAUAAUGUUAUUGAUUAUAUUGAUACUAUAUGGAAAAUACUGAAGCCUGGAGGCAUAUGGAUAAAUGUAGGUCCUCUCCUUUACCACUUUGAAAAUUUGGCAAAUGAACUUUCAAUAGAGUUAAGCUAUGAGGAUAUAAAAAACGUUAUACUGCAGUAUGGCUUCCAUAUAGAGGUGGAGAAAGAAUCUGUACUAUCAACUUACACUGUGAAUGAACUCUCCAUGAUGAAAUACUACUAUGAAUGUGUGUUGUUUGUGGUGAGAAAGCCAGAAUAGAAGUGCUUUGAAUAGGUUAAUUAGAAAAAAAUUUGGCCUGAAUGCUAGAAUUAAAAAUAAGUGGACUGAAUGAUGUCUGGACACAGCCUCAAAUCAGUGGUGCCUUCCUAUUCCUAAUAAGAUUUAGAUAGUGUCUAUUUUCUUAAUAUUUCUGUUGCUAUCCAGACAUGUAUUAUGCCAUACAUAUUUGUACUAUAACUAGUGAAAAUGGAAGAUAAAAUGUUUGCAUACACUGUCUUUGUGCUUUGGAAUGCAAUAAGAACAAAAAUGUUUUCUUGGAUAUAAAAAUUGUUUGCCAGAACCAAGCUAAUUUUGCAAAUGCUGCUUCGUUUUUCUGGGUUUUAUAAUGAUUUCCUUUGUUCUGCUUUCUGAUCUUAGGAAUGCACAAAGGUACUACUGUACUUACUGCGUCACAUCUAAAGAAGUAUUUUUAAACAUACAUUUUUAGUCAAUUAUGAAGUUUGAAAUGAUUGAAAAUUUAUGAAAUGAUUGAAUGAUCUCUUACUGAGUUGUGGUAACCUAGCAAGGGGGUUGAAACUAAAUGAUCAUCUUAUAGCGUUGAAACUAAAAUAUUGGAUGCGUUGUGGCUUUAAAACAUAAUGAUUUUGAGUCACCUACUUAUCACUUAAGCCAAAGUGUUAAAUGUAUAACUACCAGAAACUUAUGAUAAACCUUGCACUCACCUCUUUUUUAAUGCUAAUGACAAAACUGAGUUAUCCAUGCCACUUGUAAGUAGUGACAGAGAAAAAUCCCUCUUUCUUGAGGAAUAAAAAAAAAUAGAUGUAAAUAAUGUACUGUAACUUAGUGAUUUCCCUAUCUGAGUCAGCAUUGUAGCUUUAGGCACUUUACUACUUAGUGGCUUACUACUUCCUUAUCCUACAUUUUUUUUCUGGCUAAUGAGGUUUAGGUAGAAAUUUAAACUGCAAAUUCUAGCCGAAUCUUCGUAGAAGUAAGGCUGAAUCUUCUUUUGCUUAAGUUAUAUAAGUGAAAAAAAUUAUGAGCUUAGAGAAGGUAUCAUGGUAGCCAUUUGUCCUCUUAAUCUAAUGGUUAGGUUCAGUACCACCUUUAUUGUUA